CCGCAUGUUACGAGGAGGGAACCAAGCCCUUGGUUUUUACGUCUUCCAAAAAGUGCCAAGGAAUCAAGCAGGGGUAGCGAACCGUGUCUUAAUGCUCCCUUUUUCCCCUUUUUAUAGCUUGUUUGAUCCGUCUUUGCUCUUUUCUAUCCUGUUUAAUCCGUCAUUGGAUCUGAAUUUGGUUUCUUUUAGGUCAUUCCAUUCAGCUGAUUCACUGAUUCAUAAAUGGGAAUCCGAAUAGAAUCUUCAUUGGAGAUUGAUCACUUUUUCGAUCUCUGUUUCACGUAAGAGUCUCAUACUUUGUCUCCAGUAAGAAGAAAUCUCAUUCAGGGAACUAAAUGUUCUGUUCUGAAAUAAUUUGUGCUUUUUUCUCCAAUCUUACCUCAUUAUUUUAGCUUUAAAAACAUUUUUUUUCUUUUUUUUGGGUGUGAAAUGGUUGUCGGUUGAUCUAGAGAAAGGUGUUUCUUUGAUUUUUCAAUCAAAAUCCAAUUUUUCCCCCAUAUGCGAACUCCCUUUCAAGAAAAGAUCAUAGCUGCUACAGAAAUCUUAGUAUAGAAUGCUUCUUCCUUAAUUGGAUGCGCUUUAGUCCUUGUCUAGAAAGGAGUCUUCUUGGAGUGUGAGGGAAUAAGGGGUGGUUCCGUGGAACUGAAAGAGAUGAUUCCGCUACUAUAUCUGGUGCUCCUCAUAGAAGGGGCAGUCGCAUUGCUUCUAAUGGUGAAAAUUGGACCGCUGAGGGAGAUGGCAAUGAAAGGAUUGGACCAGCUGAAAUCAGGGAAGGGGCCGGCGACAGUGAAGACGCUGGCAUGUACCUUGGCGGUAAUUCUGGUAUCGAGUGUCACCAGCAUCCUUAAGAUCCAGAACCGAGGUGUGAAGCUCGGGACCGUCACGCCGAUGGAUCAAGUCCUGUGGAGGACUCAUCUUCUGGAGGCCUCACUCAUUGGUUACACUCUUUUCCUUGCACUAGUAAUUGAUCGUUUACACCACUACCAUCGGAAACUGAUCACCUUGAGGAAAAUAGUUGGUACAUCCAGCGAAGAAGUUGAGAAACUUAAAAAGGAACACCACGGUUUCAAAGAGAAGGAAGAGAAAUCUUCUGAUGAGAUAAAAGAGCUCCAGAUGGAAGUGUCUAACUUAACUGAGAAGUUGCAGAAGCUUAAGUGUGAGUUUGAGGAGCAGGAGAAACGUGCAAUAACUGCCGAAGCUUAUGUUACUGCCCUCCAGAAACAGUCUGAAGAGCUACUUCUUGAGUAUGAUCGCUUGUUAGAGGACAACCAAAUCCUUCAAACCCAAGCUUUAGCAUGCAGAGGCUGAGCCUCAAAAGACGAACUGAUCUCAGAACUCAUUGUAAAAUUUAACAUUUGAGAGAAGCCAAAUUGUAUGUCAUUUUUAGUUGAUAAAAUAGGCUGAAUCAGUUUAAGCCUGUCAUGGGGAAACAAAAAGAUCAAAUUGCCUGUAAUUGUCAAAUUUUUGUUUGCUGCUCUGUAAAUCUUUCUUCUCGUUUUUCUGUUUUUGUUGAUCUUACACUGAAAUUCAAAAGAUGAGCUCCCAGAUAUUGGAGCAAUAACAUAGAUUCUAUUAUUGGAGAAGUUGAAGGUCACUCAA